AUGCGCUACUUCGCCGCUGGGCGCGUGCAGGACCGCCGGAUGUUCGCGUCCAUGCUGUUCCCGCUGUUCGAGGGGGACCCGCACGAGCGCAGCUACCUCGACGCAGUGUCUGACGUCCUGCGGGUAGCCGGCGGCUCCGUGAAGCCGAAGACGCGGCACAAGCUGUCGUUCGACCUGGGGGUGCUCUACUUCACCGCCGACAAGCGGGGCAACAUGUACUGCGUGGUGGCGUCGGAGGACUUCGGCAUGUCCACCGCGUUCCGCUUCCUGGAGGAGAUGCUCGGCGUCUACGACGGCGUCGACCUCCCCGCCGCGCUCGACGGGGCCGACGAGUCCCUGUGGAGCGAGCCGCACUUCCGCGGCGACGCGUUCGGGGUGCGGAGCCUCGCCGUCGAGGCCUGGAAGAGGCACUCGAGGCCCGGCGACGGCUUCUCGUACGACCCCUCGGCAGACUACGGCGGCCCGCCCACGGGCCGCACGGUGGCUGGCGAGGUGCCCGCCGUGACCCCGCGGUCGGCGCUGGCACUCGCGUGCUAG